CCCCCGCGGCGACGUCAUCCGGGCUCUGCAACCGCCGGGGCGGCGCGCGCCGCUGCUGCAGUUGCUGCAGGAGGAGGAGGCGGCGGCGCGAGCGCGGGCUGGAGAUGGCGUCCGCUACCGACUCCCGCUAUGGACAGAAGGAAUCCUCGGACCAGAACUUCGACUACAUGUUCAAGAUCCUGAUCAUCGGCAACAGCAGCGUGGGGAAAACCUCCUUCCUCUUCCGGUACGCCGACGACUCCUUCACGCCCGCCUUCGUCAGCACCGUCGGCAUCGACUUCAAGGUCAAGACCAUCUACCGGAACGACAAGCGCAUCAAGCUGCAGAUCUGGGACACGGCCGGCCAGGAGCGGUACCGCACCAUCACCACCGCCUACUACCGCGGUGCCAUGGGCUUCAUCCUGAUGUACGACAUCACCAACGAGGAGUCCUUCAACGCCGUGCAGGACUGGUCCACCCAGAUCAAGACCUACUCCUGGGACAAUGCCCAGGUCCUGCUGGUGGGGAACAAGUGCGACAUGGAGGACGAACGCGUCGUCUCCUCGGAGAAGGGCCGCCAGCUUGCCGAGCACCUGGGUUUUGAAUUUUUUGAGGCCAGCGCCAAGGACAACAUCAACGUCAAGCAGACCUUCGAGCGGCUGGUGGACAUCAUCUGCGAGAAGAUGUCGGAAUCGCUGGACACAGCCGACCCGGCGGUCACCGGCGCCAAGCAGGGCCCCCAGCUCACGGACCAGCAGGCCCCCCCGCACCAGGACUGUGCCUGCUAGGGCCAGCCUCCCCACCCCCGACCCCCCCCC